GAGGGACGAGGAGAGCCAGGGCGGCAUUCCAAUCCAGUGAUAGCUCCAGCCCCUAUAUUUCCCUCGCUAAUAUGCGCUCCAGAAAUUAGGGUUUUUCGGGGAUGGAGGUGGAGGUGAGGCGCGUUGCCAGCAGCGAUGUCGGCUUCGUUGCGCUCCCGAUGCAUGUAAUUUACCUUCUCCAGCAAGGCGACGCGCAUUUCACUUCCCUCCUGGUGCUGGAAUUGAAGAUUUCGCGUCCAGCGGCAGGCGAUGGAGCCGCAUUGGUUCCCUGGUUCGUGGCUUGGAGCGGCGCCACCUCCAAUUCCAUUUUCAUCGAGGUUGCGGAGAGUCUAGCGCAAUGCCUGGGGCUACCUGAUCGAGCGAAGGUCACAGUUCGUGUUCGUAUCGAUUUACCACAAGCACAGACUGUUCUAGUGGAGCCAGCGACGGAGGACGAUUCGGAGAUUUUGGAGCUCCACGCUGACUACCUUGAGACUCAUAUCUUAAACGAGGUUGGAGUGCUACAGGAGGGACGCCAGUUUCCUGUGUCAGUUCCAGGACAAGGGGUACUUGUGUUGCUUGCAAAAUCCAUCACUCCAAGGUCAGUGGUAAGACUCACGCGAGGGACGGAACUAGUUGUGUCUAUCAAGAAGCGCCAACAGAACAUCAAGCAAGGCCCGCAAUUUGGAAAAAGUAUCUGGCUGCGAAUCCAGGAUAUUGACGAGUCACUACAUCAAGUUUGCAAUAUCGGAGGCAAAGAGCUCGCAGUUAUUCCUACCGCUGCGGUUUACGUAAAUUCAAGUACAGCGGAACGAGUCACCGUGGCAAAUGGACAGUGGGUGCUGGUGAGAACAAGCCAGUCCUUUCCGAAUGAAGAAACGACUGAUGAGCAGAAAAAGGUAACUAGAUCGGCAGCUGUUCGUGUGAUUUAUUGGAGCGGAGCCACCGAUGGCCAUGCUGUGGUCUCAGCGCCUUUGCGGCAGUAUUUGGGUGUUCAGCUCCACGGAGGGUUGUGUCUUCAAUCCUUUCACCAAACUAAUCUGCUGCAAGCAACGAGUGUUCGCGUAACUCCGGUUAUGUUUCACUCAGAAGAAAAUCAAACAGAUGGGAAGCAGCUCAAGCAAGUGAUUUCUUCCGAGACAGUGGACGAUAAGCUUACCUUGAUUAGAGCUUGGAUAAAAGCCCAACGAAGGACGUUGCACAACGCUUUCGGCGGUAAUGAUGGUACUUCCUGGCCGGCAACAUCCUUGAUAGCGCUUUCGGAAGCGCCUGCCAACAGACAGAAAAAAGAAUCGAUUUUUUUGUUGAGCCUACAGUGCGGAGGGCAGAUGGACAACAAUAUGCUUGUACUCGACGCCCGCAUACUAGACGACGAGAAGCCUGUCUUGGAUUUACGGAUUGAGCGUCUCCAGUAUUUGUUCACGAUUAGUAAGGAGGACCGUGACGUCGAUAUGCCUUCUUUCAAAUCAGUCUGGGUUAAAGGAAGCGCUGACGAAGCUUUACAGCGACUUACCCUCCUGUUAACUCCAACUAGUCUGCAAAAGCUACGAGACAUGGAAGUUGCGGUACCUGUUGGUAUUCUUCUGUAUGGACCAGCAGCGUGUGGAAAAACUCAGCUAGCUUUGUCUCUGGCACGGGAGCUCGGUGAAAACAAACAAAUACAAGCGCAUCGGGUGAUUCUGAAAUGUGCUGAGCUUGUUGGUGAAGCAGAAAGUCCAACAAAACGCCGUCUGAAGGAAGCAGUUCUGGGAGCCAUUCAGCAUGCGCCUUCUUUGGUGGUGCUCGAUGACCUGGACGCUCUUUUCUCGAUUCAUGAAGAAGGAGGAGUUGAUAUGUCAGCCACUUCUCUCGCGGAGUACCUUUCAGAUGUGAUGGACAAUGCUCAGAGAACGGCUUCUGUCGCGUUUCUUGCAACUGCAAGUGGACCAAAAUCUCUUCCACUUUCUCUGCGCUCGUCAGGACGAUUUGAUUUUAGCGUUGAGCUAGAACCCCCUGGUAUUCGUGAGCGAGAAGGCAUUCUCGAGCAAAUUAUCGCAAGCCGAGGUUUUGAGUGUCCAAAAACUAUAACGAGUAGAGUGGCUGCCAAAUGUGAUGGAUACGAUGCAAAUGAUCUGGAAAUUAUGGUGGACAGAGCUUUGCAUGCUUCAUCUGCCCGAUAUCUCGCAAAAAAGGCGGAGACGGAAACGGGCCGCAAUUUUCACUUGACAGACAGCGACCUGAACGACGCACUUCAAGGCCUUGUUCCGGCAGCACUCAAAGGAGUUGCCAAGGCGGGGAAAACUGGACCGAUACUGGGAUGGGAUGAUGUAGGUGGCCUGCAAGAAGUUUGCCGUGUGAUUAGAGAGCUGUUGGAACUACCUGUGAGGUACCCAAAGCUUUUUGCUAGUGCACCUUUGCGGUUGCGUACUGGCGUUCUUCUAUACGGUCCUCCUGGAUGCGGAAAAACGCAUGUUGUUGCGGCAGCUGCUGCGGCGUGCUCCCUCCGUUUUAUUCCAGUGAAAGGUCCAGAGCUUCUUGACAAAUACAUUGGUGCUUCUGAAAAGGCGGUUCGUGACGUUUUCGCGAGAGCAGCUGCGGCUGCUCCUUGCAUCCUGUUCUUUGACGAGUUCGACGCUAUUGCUCCCAAGCGUGGUCACGACAAUACCGGUGUUACAGAUCGGGUUGUGAACCAGCUUCUAGCUGAGCUUGACGGGGUCUCAGCUUUAACGGGUGUUUUUACGUUCGCUGCUACCAACCGUCCUGAUCUGAUUGAUGCGGCGCUGCUUCGACCUGGGCGACUCGACCAUCUUUUGUUUUGCGAUUUUCCUUCACAGGCCGAGAGGCUUGACAUCCUACGUGUACUCUCCCGACAUCUUUCAAUGGAAGAUGACAUUGACCUGCAGUACUUAUCGCGUUUCUCAGAGGGUUUCAGUGGAGCAGAUCUGAAAGCUGUUCUCUCAGACGCAGAACUAGAAGCAGUCCAUUCGGCAAUUGAAAGGCCAAGAGAAAAACACAACCAGCGCCCUGUAAUAACGAUGGAAAUGCUCAAGUCAGCACUUGCGCGGGCCAUCCCGCUACAGGAGGCAGAAAGGAAGCGAUUCGCCAGCAUAUACAGUACAUUUACAAGCGGCAGAUCGUCAUCUAAGGAUUCCAAGGGAAAGAAAGCAACGCUGGCCUAGGAAAGAGAGAAGCAGACAAGCACUCGGGUGAAUGUAUCUAUCUUCGUGGACAGUAACAUCAGGGCUUUUGCUAGAGGCCUACUUUGGGCUUCCUGAUCAUGCGAAAGUGGCUUGUACUGACGUGCCACCUCUACGAGUUUCCUGCCAAGGUUUGUAGGUAGCUAGCUUAUAUAAAAGCAUUUCGCGUCACAAACUUAAGCUCAAAGCUCUCUUGUGCUGUGACAAAGUGAUGGCCUGUUCCCAGGCCAUAGCACAAGCGAGUGAUAGUGUGAAGGUCUCUAAAAGCUGUGGCUUGUCUCCCUUCUGCGUGCUGACGUAGAAAAAUUCACUGCAAGAAUCCUCUCAAGGCCGUACGAGCUCUCCUGGUUUGUUGUGGAGAGCAAUGUCUCUUUCUCCAUUCGGGUCCACGAAGUUAUGGGACAUGCAUGCCGGCUUCUUGCUGCUGGCAUUUCCCCAGGGAAGGAAAAGCGACAUACAGAAGUAAGUGGAGCUAUACUCAUUUAAGCAUUGCGCAGCCGGAGAGACUUUGCCAACUGUUAAAGGGAAAGCAAUGCUUUGCUUGAAGCAACAAACAGCUCCCGGCUUUGGAGCGUUUGGAGCGGUUCUCACUGUUUUAUUCCACUGAAGUUACUACUUUGCUAAGCUAGCUGCAACAGUAGAUCGAGUGCUAAGCAGCAGAGAUAGUGCUCUCUGGUCCCCCAAGAGACGCGGGCCACAAGGAGAAGCUUUUCAUGAUACCCGGUAAAAGGUUCGUCCUGCAAAAGCAACCACCAAUGCGUGGCUUGAAACUUGGGGCGGUGUCGGCUCCAGAGAACUUGCGGUGUGCAUUGCGCCAGUUCACUCUCAGUUCCGAGGGAGAGUGGCAGACGCAUUUUUCCACCGCCAGCUGCUGAUCAAAAUCUCACUGUCAGUGUGACUCCACCCUGCAAAAACUGGGAGAAACUCGACUCCGAAUUAAGAGAACAAAUGGUGGAGGAUUGCAGAUCCGAGCUCCAACAAGCUCCCGAAAGGCAAAGGACAAGAGAAUUCACGAGCGAGCAGGCAGAGUUAGACGUUUUCGAGAGAGAGAAGGAAGAAGACACGACACGAUCAGUAGCAGCAGCAGCAGCACCGGCCUUGAAUUUGGAAACAAGGGAACCUAGGAUCACAUUUCUUCCGGCGGUGCAAGCAAGUGAUAAUUACACUGCUCGAGCUCAGCGGAGCAUAUCACCACCCAGGAAGUUCGCAAACCCGGCCCUCCUAGGUUCCUUUAUUCCCAAACACAAGACAGAAGCCAGAGGUCCGUGUCUGGAUGGAUGGAUCAAACCAAGAACGGAGUUCUUACAAGUCAAGGCGGCCCCCAACGAGAACAAGUGCUCAAGCGAAAGAAGUCUGAUCGAGAAGAACCAUAGUUCGCAGAUCCAGAAGAAGAACAGAAGAAGAAGAAGAAGAAGAAGAAGGAGAAGGAGAAGAAGAAGAAGAAGAUCUUCGUUUCGACAAGAGGGAAGAAGAAGCAGAUCUUCGUUUCAAUCAACAAGAAGGAAGAAGAACACCAAACAAGAAAGAAGAAAACAAGCAGCAAAUAGCUAAACACACGAUUCAACAGACACUGAGGCGACGGAUCCUUGCACGCGAACUAUUUAUCCUCCGGCGAAGAUGCUGGCGGUGCAAAGCAGGGGAGGCUCCAUCUCCGGCUCUCUGUCUCUCUUUCACACACAGGGAGAGAAAAGAAAAACUUUCCAUAUUCAUUAAAAAAUUGAAGCUCUUACCGUU